AUGGCAGCACCAGCGUACCGCUCCUCGCCUCUAGCCGAGAAAUCCAACAACGUAUUCGGUGACCAGCACGCAGUCGGCAACAACGCCUGGCCUCGAGACGAAAAGCGCCGUUCGGGCGCAGACGGGAUCGGGUUCCACCUCAUGAACGGCGGCGACGACUCGGACGACGACGAGCCCCCGCGCGCGCCCAUGCCGACCCUCGCCGCGCCGCGCCCCGGCUACGCAGCGAACGUCGCAGCGCUGAACGCGCGCCAAGCCUCGCCCGCGCCCUCCAGCAUGCCGAACCCCUUCGGCGACGACCACCGCGUGCAACAACCUCAACCGCCCCAAAUGCGGCAGGCGCCUCCCGCGGCGCUCACCAUUAACCGCCCGCCCGUCGCGCCUAUCAAUGUUCCGAGCACGCCGCACCCGCUCCCGCCCACUAUGACGCCCAUUCAGCCGGUGUUUGCAAGGCCCGAGAAGAGCCCGGCUGAGCCUGGUGUGCAGUUCCGCACGCCGAUUCUGAGGAGCGAUAGGGAGGGCAAUCUGGCGAGGGGCGGUGAGAAGGGCGAUGAUUUCUGGAGGAGGUUUAGUAUGAUCGCUAAGGACGAUACGGCGAAGAAGGAGAGUCGGUGGUUGCGCAAGACAGCAGGCGGUACGGCCCGCUGGUCCCGCUGGGUCUGGGUGAUCGGCCUCACCCUCCUCGCCUGCAUCGGUCUUGCCGUCGGCCUCGGCGUCUACUCGCACUACACCAACACCUCGACGGUGCAAUCCAGCCCCAAAGCCAUCGGCGGCUCAGAGGAACACGACGGCUCCGACGUCGUCACGGACUCUUCCUCUUCGACCGCUGAAGCCGUUCAGGGCGCCGCUGUGGGCUCUGCGGCGGCUACGACGAGUAAACACGUCAGCCCGACGUAUACGGUCGAUAAGCGUGCGGUUGUUCCCGAGCCGACUUCGAUUGGAGGGCAUGUGCCGAGCGGGCAUAAGAAGCAGCGCGCGAAGCGGAGCGCUGCCGGGCUUAACCGUCUCGACUGA